AAAUAAAUCACCAAAGGGUAAGAAAAAAAGGAAAUCGAGAAAAACAGAAACCCCUCUUUCUCUCUCUCUCUCGGAAGGAAGACAAAAGCUCGUAACAAUGGAAGCUAUGCUAGUGGACUGUGUACGCAACAGCCUCAGUCAUUUUGUGUACAAGAAUGCCAUUUUCAUGUGCGAGCGUCUCUGCGCUGAGUUUCCCUCUGAGGUUAAUCUGCAGUUAUUAGCCACCAGCUACCUUCAGAAUAAUCAAGCUUACAGUGCCUAUCAUCUGCUCAAGGGAACACAUAUGGCUCAGUCUCGGUACUUGUUCGCCUUAUCUUGCUACCAGAUGGACCUUCUCAAUGAAGCUGAAUCUGCACUCUCCCCUCUUAAUGAACCUGGUGCCGAGAUCCCAAAUGGUGCAGCGGGUCAUUACCUUCUUGGGCUUAUUUACAAGUAUACUGAUAGAAGGAAGAACGCCGCUCAACAAUUUAAGCAGUCUUUGACACUGGAUCCUCUACUUUGGGCUGCGUAUGAGGAAUUAUGCAUACUAGGUGCUGCUGAGGAACCAUCUGCGGUUUUUGGUGAAGCAGCUGCUCUCUCCAUCCAAAAGCAGUACAUGCAACAACUGCCAUCUUCGCUCGGCUUAAACACGUACAAUGAUGAACGUAAUACGACUUCGGCUAAAAACACGAGCUCUGAAGAUUACAGUCCAAGGCAGCCCAAGCACACGCAAGGCCAUGGCCUUAAAGAUAUCUCUGGAAAUUUCCAUUCUCAUGGUCUUAACGGAGGUGUUUCGAACAUGUCAUUCUAUAAUACCCCCUCGCCAGUGGCUGCACAGCUAUCCGGUAUGGCUCCACCACCACUUUUCCGGAAUUUUCAGCCGGCUGUCCCAAACCAAAACUCCCUUACUACUGACAAUUCCCCAAAGUCCACAGUCAACUCUACCAUUCAAGCACCUGCACCCAGAAGAAAAUUUGUAGAUGAAGGAAAGCUACGUAAGAUUUCUGGCAGGCUGUUUUCUGAUUCUGGUCCACGACGGAGUUCGAGACUAUCUGCUGAUUCAGGUGCAAACACUAAUGCAAGUGUUGCAACAGUAAGCGGAAAUGGGAACAACACUUCCAAGUAUUUGGGAGGUUCUAAAUUGGGUUCUUUGGGACUUCGUUCUGUAACACUUCGGAAGGGAAAUUCUUGGGCAAAUGAAAACAUGGAUGAAGGGGUUCGUGGGGAAUCUUUUGAUGAUUCGAGGCCUAAUACUGCCUCAACGACUGCUUCUAUGGCUUCCAGUGAUGCUAAAUCCUGUGAUCAAGAAGACGAAAUAAUGUCGCAGAGAAUCACAAUUGGUAUUUCAGAAAUAUUAAGCCUCCUAAGGACACUCGGGGAAGGGUGUAGACUUUCGUACAUGUACAAGUGUCAGGAGGCACUGGAUACGUAUAUGAAACUUCCACAUAAGCAUUAUAAUACAGGAUGGGUUCUUUCCCAGGUCGGGAAAGCACACUUUGAAUUAAUAGACUAUUUAGAAGCUGAAAAAGCAUUCCGUCUUGCCCGCCAGGCUUCUCCUUAUAGCUUAGAAGGAAUGGAUAUUUACUCCACGGUCCUCUACCAUUUAAAAGAAGAUAUGAAGCUGAGUUACUUGGCUCAGGAACUAAUAUCAACAGAUCGCUUAGCUCCUCAAUCUUGGUGUGCAAUGGGAAACUGUUAUAGCUUGCAAAAAGACCAUGAGACUGCACUGAAGAAUUUCCUACGAGCUGUUCAAUUAAAUCCAAGAUUUGCAUACGCACAUACUUUAUGUGGCCACGAAUACGCAACUCUGGAAGAUUUUGAGAACGGAAUGAAAAGUUACCAAAACGCACUUCGUGUAGACACAAGACACUAUAACGCAUGGUAUGGGCUUGGAAUGAUCUAUCUACGUCAAGAGAAGUUAGAGUUCUCAGAGCAUCACUUCAGAAUGGCGUUCCUAAUAAAUCCGAGUUCCUCUGUUAUAAUGUCUUAUUUGGGGACAGCUCUGCAUGCCUUAAAGAGAAGCGAGGAAGCGUUAGAGAUAAUGGAGCAAGCUAUAUUAGCAGACAGGAAGAAUCCUCUUCCAAUGUACCAGAAAGCUAACAUACUUGUCUGCUUAGAAAGAUUAGAUGAAGCUCUAGAAGUUCUGGAGGAGCUUAAAGAGUAUGCGCCUUCAGAGAGCAGCGUCUACGCUUUAAUGGGCAGGAUCUAUAAGCGGCGAAACAUGCACGAUAAAGCCAUGCUUCAUUUCGGUCUAGCUUUGGAUAUGAAACCGCCUGCAACUGACGUUGCUGCAAUAAAGGCUGCCAUGGAGAAACUGCAUGUUCCAGAUGAGAUCGACGAGAGCCCAUAGAGAAUCGUUGCUACUCUGAGAAACAUGGAGAAAGAAGCAAAGGUAUGGGUUUGUGCAAAAGCCUACCUCCUUUAUGGAACUAGUUGGGUUUUUAAUCUUCCAAAGAUUUUGAAGCUUUGGUAACCAAACAGUAACACAACCACAAAGAGCUUACCACAUGAGUAUGUAUCAGGAGUCGAUCUGUAUGUUGUUCAUACCUACUUCUCGCAAUAUAAAAUUUUAUAUUUGUUUAGAAACUCCAUGUUUGUCUAGAGCUAUUUUUUUUAUUCAAGUAAUUUUGUUUUAUCUAAAUAAUAUUUAGAAUAUAUUCUCGUCAACAA